AACUAACCAACUGGCAUAAAAAGCAUUUAGCACCAGAUAAUAAACCUACAAAAUGAAAAAGAAUAUCUUCGUCCAGAAAUUGGCUGUUGGAUUAAGACAGAUGUUCUCAAACAAUGAUGAGGCUGUGAUCAACAAAAAGCUUCCCAAAGAGUUGCUUCUUCGAAUAUUCUCCUUUCUGGAUGUGGUCACUCUGUGCCGCUGCGCUCAAGUCUCCAGGGCAUGGAAUGUCCUAGCUUUGGAUGGUAGCAAUUGGCAACGCAUUGACCUGUUUGAUUUCCAGAGGGACAUUGAGGGGCGUGUAGUAGAGAAUAUUUCUAAAAGAUGUGGAGGAUUCCUUCGAAAGCUGAGUCUACGUGGAUGCCUAGGUGUUGGAGACAACGCAUUGAGGACAUUUGCACAGAACUGCAGAAAUAUUGAAGUGUUGAAUCUAAAUGGCUGCACCAAGAUUACAGACGCUACAUGCACUAGCCUUAGUAAAUUUUGCUCAAAGCUACGGCAUCUUGACCUAGCUUCCUGCACAUCAGUAACCAACCUGUCCCUCAAAGCACUGAGUGAGGGGUGCCCUCUACUGGAGCAGCUCAAUAUCUCAUGGUGUGACCAAGUGACAAAAGAUGGCAUCCAAGCUUUAGUGAGAGGCUGUGGUGGACUCAAAGCUCUGUUUCUGAAAGGCUGCACACAGCUGGAAGAUGAAGCUCUCAAAUACAUUGGUGCACAUUGUCCUGAAUUAGUGACUUUGAAUUUGCAAACGUGCUUGCAAAUAACAGAUGACGGCCUCAUUACAAUAUGUAGAGGAUGCCACAAGUUGCAAUCUCUGUGUGCUUCUGGCUGUUCCAACAUCACUGAUGCCAUCUUGAAUGCAUUAGGGCAAAAUUGUCCAAGACUUAGGAUAUUGGAAGUGGCUCGGUGUUCCCAGCUUACAGAUGUGGGCUUUACAACUCUGGCUCGGAAUUGUCAUGAGCUUGAAAAAAUGGACUUGGAGGAAUGUGUUCAGAUAACAGACAGCACAUUAAUCCAGCUCUCCAUACACUGUCCACGGCUCCAGGUUUUGAGUUUGUCACACUGCGAGCUGAUCACCGAUGAUGGUAUUCGCCAUUUAGGCAAUGGUGCCUGUGCCCAUGAUCGCCUGGAGGUGAUUGAGCUGGACAACUGCCCCUUGAUUACAGAUGCCUCCUUGGAACACCUCAAGAGCUGCCACAGCCUGGAAAGGAUAGAACUAUAUGACUGCCAACAGAUUACCCGAGCUGGAAUUAAGAGACUCAGGACCCACUUACCCAAUAUUAAAGUCCACGCCUACUUUGCACCUGUAACUCCACCACCAUCUGUGGGGGGCAACAGACAGCGUUUCUGCAGAUGUUGCAUCAUCCUAUGACGUGAGAGCCAGUCUACCUUGUGAAAAACAAACUGAGUAUUUAAAUUACCCUUCUAGAAGUUACAGUGGACACCAGUAUCUCUGCCAACAAAAUGAUGCCAGUGCUCCUUCACCAGGGCCUUUGGAAAACAAAGCAGGGGAAGCUGGUGCAAAACAUCGUUCCCCUUUUUACCCCACAGCUACACGCAAAAAUACACACACCAUAGUAUACACAUACUUACUUAUUCCAACAGACUGAAGGUCUCUGGAGCUGAGGACCUGGAUCAAUGGGAACUUUCUCCUCUCCCCCCUUCCCCCGCCCCGUGGGUGGAUUGGUAUAAUUAUAAACCAUUCCUACAGAGCCUGCUCAGAAGAAAUCAUGGGGAGGCGGGUGGGAGAAAGAGUUGUUGGUUGAAUCACUUCGCACAUCAGAAGAACUGCUGUUGCUUCCAAGGGAGGGAGAAGUUGUUCUUUUGACAUUGAAAACAGCAAGAUAAACAAACUUGAUGUUGGGAUGGAAGGAGAGGUUUAUAACUGAGGAGGGAACAAACGUGAACAAUGAACCGUGAAGAUACUGUUCAGGUGGGAGAAAAAUGUACAAAGCAAAAAGAAAACAAAAUGCCCAUGGGUAUAUUUUUUAUUUAAAAAGAAAAAAAAUCAUAUGUGUGUUAAGGAAUGUUAAAACAGCAGCCUUGUGAGAUGUAGAUUCCUGCGCUUCUGUACUUCCUUGUUUUCUGUGCUGGCACAUACACUGAGCAUGCUCAUCUUG